GGUAGCACAUGCGACUUCCUGUCAAACCUUGGUCUGCGGCGGUUUGUUUACAUUUUACAUUACACAACAAGAGCUACGCCUAUAUUACACUUUCAAAGGGUAGAAAGGUGAGUAAACAGAAUGAGAAAAAGUAAAUUGGAGGUGCACCUGAUAACAGGAGGUGGGGGGUACCCGGGCUAUACCCUAGGCAAGCAGCUGAUUGGUCGGGGCCACCAAGUCAUUCUCUUGGACCUCAGGGAACCAAAAUGGACACUGAUGGAGGGCAUGGCCUUUGUUAAGGCCAGCAUCACUAAUCCUGAUGAACUAGAGAGAGCAUUUCUGGGUGUAGACUGUGUGUACCACAUGGCAUCAUAUGGCAUGUCAGGCAGGGAACAGUUAAACAAGAAACUGAUUGAAGCUGUGAACAUAGGUGGCACAGACAAUGUAAUUGCUGCCUGUCUGAAAAACCGAAUCAAGCGUCUGGUAUAUACCAGUACCUACAAUGUGGUGUUUGGGGGACAAGAGACAAGAGAUGGCGAUGAAACACUGCCUUACCUCCCCUUAGACAAGCAUCCUGAUCACUAUUCACGAACCAAAAGUGUGGCCGAACAGGCGGUCCUGAGGACAGAUGGACGGGAAGGUUUGAGGACAUGUGCGUUACGUUUAGCCGGAGUGUAUGGUCCUGAGGACCAGCGACACAUCCCUCGCAUUGUGGGUUAUGUGGAGCAAGGGCUGCUGGUGGUAUCGGCUGCCCCUGAGAGUGUACAAGACUUCCUGCACGUGGAAAAUCUUGCCCAAGGACACCUUUUGGCAGGGGAAGGGUUAACAGAAGAUCGGGGAUAUGUGGCUGCAGGACAAGCCUACUUUCUGUCAGAUAGCUGUCCAGUCAACACACUUGAGUUCUACAGACCCCUGAUUGAAGGUCUCGGCUAUAGCAUGCCUAAGAUUGUGAUCCCAGUCACUCUGCUCUAUUACUUUGCUUUUAUCACAGAAUGGGUCCAUUUCAUCGUAGCUAGGAUCCAUAACUUCCAGCCCAUGCUUACCAGAACAGAGGUGUACAAGUCUUGUGUAACACAUUACUACAGCGUAAAUAAGGCUCGCAAGGAUCUCCGUUAUAAUCCGGAAAAGAAAAAUGACAUUAAGGAAGUCCUAGAAUUUUACAAAAAAGAAGGAAGAAUGAAGAAAGUGAGGAAACAGUCCAUGUUUAUGUAUUACAUAGUGAACAUCAUUAUAGCAUUAGUGUUCGCCUCAGUUGUGAUGUCAUUUUUACCAGGUGUGAAGUAACUCUUAGUUUCUAUAGAAAAAGAGGAAAUUAUUUACAGCCAUAUGAAAUAAAUGGUAAUAAACAAUAAAGUUCUUUAGUCAAUUAAAAUACAAUCAAGAUAAAUAGUAUUGUUUUUAUAUCUUAGUUAUUUUUUUCAAAAGAUUUGUGCAUGUUAAUCUUACCCAUUUUCAUCAUCUGAUCUUCAUCUUUUCAACUGAAUAAUUAUACUUGGAAUUGGUAAAUUUUGCAGCAAAUGAUUUGAUCUUGUUCGGACAACUCCAAGCAUUUUCAUCAUAUUUUCAUGAAACUGAGUUGCAGUAAUAAUCCCAUUGAAAUUCUACUUCUGUGCUAAUUUAGUGUUUCAGAUUUAUGCCACUGUUACAAAAUUAUUAGCCAAAUCUUGUCCAGAAAAUGUCUACAGUUUUUGUAAACUCCACAGAUAUAAUCAUGACAGUCUGAAGUUGUUCCCCUGUGUUUGUUUUUUAUCCGACAUUUUUAUGAGAGUUAUGUCUCCUCUGAGAAUCCUUAGCCAGAUCAUCCAGAUGAAAGGCCAGAAAGCCUAUUAACAGACUUAUAAGACUUGCUUAAGAUUUCAUCACAUCAUACUGCUAAACAUUGAAACUGGAUUUAUUUUUGAUAUACACAGACAACACAAAAAGUGUUUUUAAAUCAAUUCGAAAUUUCCAAUUGUUCAUUUUAUGUAAAAUGCUUAUGUGUCUAAUGUCUUAUUACCAUAUAAGGUUAUGCUUUAUACAAUCUAUUAGACAGCAAUUUAGUCCUGAAAAGUACAACGCAGAUAUUCAGAAGGAAAUCUGAUAUAUGUCCUUUUCUUCUACCGGUAAUAAUUUUAAUUGCCCAUCUUGUAUUGCAAGUCACAUCAUAAUAAAGGACAUUUCCUUGAACAUGGGAUUUUACAAUUGAAAGUAAUAGUUUCCUGUUUCCAUUAAUUAGACUUUAAGGAAGGUCUGACACCUUCCUGAUGAGUGUGGUGAUUGUGGACUUCCUGUUGUAACUUUUUUUUUUUUUUUUUUCAAAGUAAUUUAUUUGAUCUUCUUAACUUAAUAUAAUGUAUCAACAACAAAAUAGAAUUUUUGAAAAAGAUUUAGGUGUCUAUCCUAACAUUUUAAUUGGUUGGGCAUGUUAGCAGAUGAAAUGAAGUCACACUGAGAAAACAAGUGCAUAUUUUAUACUCAUUCAAAUUUCUCACAGUUUUAGGACAAUUUUCAACCAAAACAUUUGUAAAAUAAUGGAUCUGUUGACUACUGAUAAUUAGUAACAAAUGUUCUGUCAACCAAACAUCCGUCACCAUCUGUGGUAACAUAACAAAUGUUCUGUCAACCAAACAUCCGUCAACAUCUGUGGUAACAUAACAAAUGGUCUGUCAACCAAACAUCCGUCAACAUCUGUGGUAACUUAUACACUAGGACUUGCCUGAUAUAUAACCAUGUAACAAUGUCAGACAAAACACAUCAAUAAACACAUACAAAUCUAUAGAUCUCAAUUCUUCCCGUAUUAUCACAUAAUGUACUGUGUUAUCCAGUGAAUAUACCCAUGUCAUAUUUUUUUGCGUAUUAACCCAUGUAAUA